GAGCUGACAUGGGGGUAAAGGGCAGCCGUAAGCUCAUGUUUUUAGCUCUACUCAUUGCAGAGCUUUGCUCAGGAUCACAUGUUAAAAUAUCUUUUCUCAUUACUAAUGAGACUUUGAACUUCAUGGAAGCAAAAUCGUUUUGCCAAAGAAAUCAAGUUGACUUGAUAACUUUGAACAUUGUGAAGCUCACCACGGCCGCUAAAUUGAUGGAGGAGGAAGAAAUGAUGACUGCCUGGAUCGAUCAACAGGGCAACUCUGAAGUUGGUAACGGAAAUGAAGAUUCAGAAAGCCACAAUGCCAACUGCAGAUUUGUUCAGGCUUUCACCGGGAGGUCGUACAGAUCAGCGUGCUCAGCAAAGCAUCCAUGUGUCUGCUAUGAAGACAAUCUGGUGGUCGUGCCUGAGAACAAGACAUGGGACGGUGCCCUGCGGUACUGCAGAAGAAUGACAACACCAACACGCAAGUACGACCUCCUCAGCAUCCGGAACGUGUCUGACGGAUAUGUCAGAGACAAGAUCCUCAGAGCCACGACUGAUGAGGUUUGGACCGGGCUGCGCUUCCUGGAAGAAGAGUGGAUCUGGUUAGAUGGGAACAUGGUUGAUCACCAAAACGAGCUGCCAGAUUGCCCGACCCAGUGGAAACGCUGUGGGACCAUGUCCAAAUACGACACGAACCAAUGGAUCAUCAGGGACUGCUCUGAAAGACGAAACUUCAUCUGCUACUAUACAGAAUGAGAAACCUCUAUGUAAAUUACUGAGGUCUAUGAGAAAGUUUAAAUCUGUAGUACACCUCUUAAUUAUGCAUAUUACUAAAAUUUGCAUAACUGAAACUAAUUGGAAAAGGUCACAUAAAUCCCUUAGGUUCACCUUGACUUUUCAUUUAAACUUAACACUAACUUGCUUGCCCAUCGUAAACCCCUGUGGCCUCAUAUUUAUCUUCAGAGACAACAUUCACUUACUUUUUUUGUCAGAUUUCCUAAUGUUAUGGCUGAAAAUUUACAAUGGACAGCCACAAAAUAACACCCAAAAAAUCAGCUAGAAAGAUAUGGAAAAUGCUGCUUUUGGACAAUUGCUACUCUGUUAAGGCUAAAUGACUUUUUGUUGCCCAAAGCUGCAGGUAAACAAAUUAUUUUGUUUAUUCAAAUAUUCAAAUAACGCUUGACAGUAAGGACAGAAAAACAGGAACACAAAGAGACAGAGAUAAAGAAUUGACUGCUUAUAGCUUUUUUACAAAUACUAAUGUUUUUACAGCUGAUACUGAUUUUAUUGUGUAAAUUGUUUUGUGGAUUGACU